AAGAAUUCUGACGCCCAUCUUCAUAAUAGCUUCCGUAGGGCCCAUUGUACCAUGUUUUAUUCGUCAUUGGCUGGCUACUUUUUAAACCUUUUGACUGUAAUGGGUUUUAUAUCAUAAGAAGGACAUUUUAAUUUGUGCGGUGGGGUUCUUACAUUUAAUGAAACCCUACUGAACCAGCUGAACAGCAGCGGAAACCUUCUUAAGACAGGCAUGGAGGAGACACCAGAGGAGCUACUGAUUAAGCAGCACCGUAAAGAGAAGAAAGACCUGCAGGCCAAGAUCCAGGGUAUGAAAAAUGCUGUUCCCAAAAACGAUAAGAAAAGGAGGAAACAGCUGACGGAGGAGGUUGCGAAAUUAGAGUCAGAUCUUAGUCGGAAGCAUGAGGAGGAACUCAAGCAGCUGAAAUCUGCAGAUGAAGAAAAGGUGGAGGAGGUGGUGAACGGAGUGGAGACCCUAAAGGUGGAAGGUGGAGAACAAGAAGAAGCCAAACAGGCACGAGUAACUAAAGCACAGAAGAGAAGGGACAAGAAGGCUGCACAGGAGAAGGAGAGGGAGAGCAGGAUAGCAGAGGCAGAGGUGCAGAACCUGCAGGGCGUGAGGCACCAGGAGGGCCUAAAGCUGGCUCAGAAACUUGCCCAGCAACACCUUCAGAUAAAGGAGAUUUCAUCUGAUGGACACUGCAUGUACCGCGCCAUUGAAGACCAACUAGCACAGCGAUUAAAGCUUGGGUCAAACAUGAGUGUGAAGCAGCUCCGGUCCCGCACUGCUGAGCACAUGAGAAACAAUGCUGACGACUUCCUGCCUUUUCUCACCAACCCCGACACAGGGGACAUGUUCACAACAGUUGAGUUUGAAAAAUACUGCAAUGACGUGGAGCACACAGCAGCUUGGGGUGGACAGUUGGAACUUAGAGCUUUGACUAAGGUGCUAAAUUUGCCAAUAGAAGUGAUCCAGGCUGACUCCCCAACAAUCAGGAUUGGAGAGGAAUAUGAUGGUGAACACCUCACUCUUGUAUAUAUGCGUCAUGCCUAUGGUCUAGGAGAGCACUACAACAGUGUGGAGCGGCUAAAGGAUCCGACCACUGUUGAAGACAACUGAGAUACAGUCUCACCUCUGUGACAGAAAUAAAUGUCUUUAUUGAAGAGAGAGCAAAACAAAAUGCCUCUUACAUAAAGUUGGCAUUAUUGCAUGUCUAUAUGGAGGUUGUACAUGUGGAGUACAACCUCCAUAAGACAUAGAUUUAAAAAACAUUUUCUUUUUUUUUUAAACUAAAAGUUUAAAAGGUAAAAAACUAAAAAUCAUAGAUUUUUCUUUCACAGUUUAAAAAAGAGAGAAGGAAGCACUAAAUUACGGUCCAAUUUCUCAAUUAUUAGAUACAGAAUCACUGUGUUCUUAAAAAGCAGCAAAGAAAGAAAACAAAAGAGCUGUUGAGUUUUACAUCAAACGCCUUUUGAGCUGUCCUGAUGACCCCUAUGUUUCCUCUGUUUUAUUACUGGGCAUAAAUCUAUGUGAAAAGCGAAGAGUGUGGACAACCUGUUAAAUAGUUGUGAAUAAUAAUCAAAACUUGUGAAUCACUGGUCUCAGCAAAGAAUUUCAAUAAAUUACUAUUAAACAAA